AUGGCGUUACCAUUUUUACCUGGCAACACAUUCGAACGAAAAAUCGGCAAAGAUAAAUACCAUUUAACUCAUCAAUUUGACAAAUACAAUGGUGUAGGUAUGUUAACGGGUAAUAAAUUGGGUGUUGGUGGUGUACCACUAGCAGGUGAAGAUCUUCGACCACAGAAUUCUGUUUAUCCACGAGGCGAAGGACCUGAUCGACCAGCUUGGCUUGCGUUUGAUAAGCAAGUUCUUUGUUUUGAUGCUUAUUUUCAAGAAUCGAUAACAGAACGUCGUGAAGAACAGUAUCGUAUUCGAAAAUGUCGUGUCUACUUUUAUCCAGAAGAUGAUACAGUUCAAGUUGUUGAACAACGUCAAAAUAAUGUUGGUUUUCCACAAGGUACAAUUCUUAAACGUCAUCGUGUACCACUGCCAGCACCUAAUGAUGAUCGUUUUUUUACCUAUGAUCAAUUCAACGUUGGAGCUGAAGUAUCAUUAUAUGGACGAGUAUACAAACUAAUUGAUUGUGAUCCAUUUACACGUAACUUUCUAACAAAACUUGGUGUUCGUGUACCACCAGGGUUUACGGCACCAGAAGAUCCGUUUCUUAAACAUCGUCACACUUCUGAUGGUACUCAAAAUCCACUUCGACCAUAUGAAAGAAUUGAUUCAUUAAAACAAUUCAUUAAUCAUGAUACACAUGUCUUACGUUUUUGGGGUGUUUGGGAUGAUUCAGAAAGUCUAUAUGGUGAUGUACGAAAUUUUGUUGUACAUUAUUUUCUUGCCGAUGAUACAAUGGAAAUUCGUGAAAUUCUUCCACCGAAUUCCGGGCGCGAUGCACCACCAACAUAUCUCUCUCGAAGUAAAUUACCAAAAGAUUUUAAUGGAUUACGGUUACCAGGUGAAAAUGCACAACGAACAGUACUGAAUGUAUUCGGUCAAUUAAAUAAACAACGAUGGAUUCUUGAUAAUCUUAAAACAGGUGCUGUCGAUCAAAAAUAUUAUAGUGAUCAAGAUUUAGCCAUUGGUCAAUUAAUUAAUGUAUACGAACGUAAAGUUUUACUAACUGAUUGUGAUGAAUUCACAAGAAAUUAUUAUCGUUCCAAAUAUGGUGUACAAGAUUUUACACCAAUUAAUUAUAGCAAAGGAAAUGAUUAUAAAGCAUUGAGACAAAGCUAUCCGUACACGGGUUUUGGCUCAGAAGAAGAUUCACUGAAUUCAACGAAAAAGUUGCUUCCAGAACCAGUUAAAAAAGACUUCAAUAAAUUUAUGGGAUUUGAUCGUCAAGGUCUUGAAAGUAACGUUCUUCGUUUCAUGGCUAAAGUCAUAACUAAAGAUCCAAUACAAGCUGCACGACGUUUUGUUAUAGCGUAUUAUCUUGCCGAUGAUACUAUCAAUAUUCAUGAACCACCAGUACGAAACUCAGGCAUCGGAGGUGGUAAAUUUCUUGAACGUCAAAAAGUAAAAAAACCGAAUCAACCACGAUAUCCACUUGAAGUAUCAGAAUAUUUCAAUGGCACAGACUUUUAUGUUGGAGCUCGUGUUAUCAUCAAUGGUUUUGACUUUUAUAUAUAUGAUGCUGAUGAAUAUGCUUAUAAAUUAAUGGAAAAAGAAUGUUAUAGUUUUGCUGUUGCAAAUCAAAAAUUAAUCUUAGAAAAAUUACGACAAUAUUUAACCAACAAUGCUGAUGCUGUAGCGCAAUUUGAACAACAUGAUCCACAACGUAAAGGUUACUUUGGUUAUGAAACCUUUUAUGGUUUAAUGAAAAAUCUUGUUGGAAACGUGUUAGUUGAUCAUGAAAUCAUAACAAUUGCGCGUUAUUAUGCUCAAAAAAGUUUGAAAGAACACGAUAUUUAUUCUAUUGUUGCUGUUGCUCAAGAACAUUUACGAAAAAAUAAUUAUGAACAUUUAUUACCAUUAAAAGAAAAUUUCAUUAAACGUGAUCGAAAUCGAAAUGGUCGAUUAUCUAUUGAAGACGUUCGUAAUGCUGUACGAUCUGUUCAUGUUCCAUUACCUGACUAUCUUUUAAAUACACUUCUCACUCGUAUGACUCAAGAAGAUGGCUGCAUUGAUUAUAAUGACAUACUUAGUGCCUUAAAUUGGCGUGAAUUGCCUGUUUCAAAACCAACACCAACGGAUGCCGACGAACAAGAUACUUUUGCUUCAACAGGUCAUUCAGAUGAUCCGAAAAUGGCAGAUAAAACAACACAUGAACGUAAACGAUUUAAUGUCGAAUAUAGUAUUAUGCUUCAAGAUCUUGGUAUAAAUACGUCACAUCCCUUAUCAACAUUAGAUACAUCCAACAAUUGA